GUCGUCGUCGAUACAGAUUGCAUUAGGCCCUCAUGCAACGCCUUCUCUUGGUCCUCAUGGCCAUGACUGGCGUCGGCUAUGGCUCGUACUGCCAGCGCACGAUGCGCCAGCGCGAACACCUGCAUCCGAGCGUGCAUACGCUGCCGCCACCGACGGACACCGAGGUGCUGGCGAUGGCGUCGCUGCCAAAGGCGCUCGAUUGGUGCGAGCGCGGUAUGUGCACGUCGUCUUGGAACCAGCACAUUCCGCAGUACUGCGGGUCGUGCUUUGCGCACGGCGCGCUCUCGAGUGCGAACGACCGCAUCAAGAUCCUCAACCACAAGCUCGGGUUCCACGGCCCGGACGUGAUGCUCGGGCGGCAGAGCUUUCUCAACUGCGCGCCGGGCCACGGCCUCUCGCACGGCUGCAAGGGCGGCGAGCCCGCGGACGUGUACGAGUUUAUGCACAAGUAUGGCCUUCCGGACGAGACGUGUCUGCACUACAACGCGACCGACUACACCAAGUACAUUGACUUGUACAAUGGCACGUGUCCGCCGGACGGCUACUGCGUCAACUGCAUGAAGACGCCCGACAGCCUCAAUGUGCCCCACUGCUUCCCCGUGACCAAGAUGGUCCGGUAUCGAGCGAAGGAGUAUGCGCGCAUUGCCGGCGAGCAUGCCAUGAUGCACGAGCUCCUCAACGGUCCGAUUACGUGCGGGAUUGCGUGCAGCCCGCCGUUCAUCAACGACUACACGGCCGGGAUCCUGCACGAUACGACCAACUUCACGCACAUUGACCACGACGUUGAGAUUGUCGGGUGGGGCGAGGACGAAGCCGGCACCUUCCACUGCGCCCACGGGUUGCCCGCGAGCGUCGAGACAUGGAUCAUCGCCGAGUCGGGGUACGCUCCGCCCGAGACGCAGUUGUUGCAGCGGCUAAGGAACUUGCCCGUGUCGGCCUGAAGCCCAAUCACUUGACCAUCAUUGAACGUGCACGCCGGCGACGGGAGGCGGUUGACCGU